AUGGCUAUGGAGUUUCCCUCUGAUUUGGUGGAGGAGAUACUCUCAUUGCUUCCAGCUACAUCUCUUGCACGAUUAAGACACACUUGCAAGCAGUGGAAAACCCUAAUCGCAAACCCUAGAUUCGUCAACAAGCACUCCUCUCACAUGCGUUGCCGUGAGAAGCAAUUCACAGUCUUCAACAACGCUCCCUAUUCCAAAGCUCCCUAUUUGUCCGGUUCCACAGUCUCUUUUGUUGGCGAUGAACUCAAGGAGCAUGCAGGUUUGAAUAUGCAGGUUUUUGAACCUAUUUCGUUUCCGAAUUUAUCGGUGAUCAAAAUGUUUCAUUGUGACGGUCUAUUGCUAUACGUCACCAAAAGUGGACUUUUAGUUUUGAAUCCAUUGUUAAAACAAGCGAGAUGGAUCGUACGUGGUUGUGAAUUUGACCAUCCUACGCAUGUGUUUGGUCUUGGAUACAUUAGUAACCAAUCAUCAUCAAAGCCUAGAAUUAGAAAGGUUGAAGUCUACGAAUUCAGUUCUGAUUAUUGGAGGGAAGUUGUUAUUGUUGAUAAAACCUUUGAUGGGUUCUACCAAUUACCAUUUUCAAGUGUGUGUUUGAGAGGAACUCCUUAUUGGAUAGGUUAUGAUGUGUAUGGUGGUACAACCAUUUCGACACGGAGUUUCGAUUUCUCAAUAGAAAGAUUUGAGCCCUUGUUUCUACCUCCAUCCAUUGGGUUAAUCAAGUCUGAAGAUUCUCUUUUUUUAGGGAUUUUCAGAGGAGAUCAUCUUUCUCUGUUACAUAAAUCUUGCGAGACAAGUAAGAUACACAUAUGGGUGAGGAGAAACCACUGGAGCUGGCUGAUGACAGUUGAUAUACCCGGAGUUUCGAUGUUUCGUAUAUAUGCAAGUUACUUCACUGAAAACAAUAGUAAGCUUGUGGUAUCUGGUCGUCACUUGAAGACCAAGUCUGUUAGCAUCUACAAUGUGGGAGAGAAUGAAAAGUGCCAAAAAAGUUGA